UGCGGCAGUCAGGCGUGACCAUACCGCGAGAGAUCCAGCCACGGGAGACCUCCUCACGGGAGCGUCAGACCUCAGCCCAGACUGCUGGACAGUGGAAGCCGCCUCUGGACUGUGGGUCGUGUAGGGUGAGCGGGUGCGGGAGCAGAGAUUGUUUCCCCCAGACGUAAUGUCAAGUGCAGACAACCAGCAACCGCAGGCCUUUGCCAAACCCACUUUCAGCGAGGCCCAAGCCCAGGCAGUUGUGGAGUCGGUGUUUGGGUUCAAAGUUUCCAAGAUCCAGCCCCUUCCUAGCUAUGAUGACCAAAACUUUCAUGUGUGCGUUUUGAGAACCACAGACACUACAGACAGGCCCACUGAAUAUGUCCUCAAAAUAACCAAUGCGGAGUCCAGCAGAACCCCAGACCUGAUCGAGGUGCAGAGUCACAUCAUCAUGUUCCUGCAGGCGGCUGGAUUUCCAACAGCCUCUGUGUGUCGCACCAAAGGAGCCAACAUAACCUCUCUUAUGUCUGUAGAUAGUGGUUCCGAAACCAAAAGCUACUUGGUGAGGCUGCUGACUUACCUCCCGGGAAGGCCCAUCGCUGAGGUUCCCAUCAGCCCCCAGCUACUGUAUGAAAUUGGAAAGCUGGCUGCCAAACUGGAUAAGACCCUGGAGAAAUUCCACCACCCAAAGUUAAAAUGUCUUUAUCGAGAGAACUUCAUCUGGAAUCUGAAAAACGUUCCUCUUCUGGAGAAAUACCUGGAUGCCUUGGGCCCGGACCAGAACCGUGCGAUUGUGGAACAGGUCAUUCAACUGUUCAAGGAUGAAGUGAGGACCAAACUAAAGCAUUUUCGAGAAUGUAUCAAUCAUGGAGAUCUUAAUGACCAUAACAUUCUAGUAGAGUCCAGCAAGUCAGUCUUUGGAGAUGCUGCAUAUAAGGUGUCUGGGAUUUUAGACUUUGAUGACAUGAGCUAUGGCUACUAUGUGUUCGAAGUGGCGAUCACCAUCAUGUACAUGAUGAUUGAAAGCAAGACUCCUAUCCAAGUGGGUGGUCAUGUGCUUGCAGGGUUUGAAAGUGUCAUCCCUCUGACGCCGGUAGAGAGGGGUGCUUUGUUUCUUCUUGUGUGCAGUCGUUUUUGUCAGUCCCUUGUCUUAGCUGCGUACUCUUGCCAGCUGCAGCCAGAGAACAAGGAAUAUCUCAUGAUUACUGCCAAAAGUGGGUGGAAGCACCUGCAGCGAAUGUGUGACCUGGGCCAGAAAGCUGUAGAAGAAAUCUGGUUUGACACUGCCAAGUCCUAUGAAUCUGGGCUCUCCAUGUGACUGCAGAACAGUUCACGUGAACUUGGGUAAUUACUCCAAUAGGACCAAAUCUAAGUUUACAAGGAAAGAGAUCAAUGCAUGUGAAGACACUAAGGUCUUAAGACAAUCUCAUGAUUAUUUUUAAUUUUCACUUUUUAAUGAAUGUAUUGAAGUGACAUUGGUUAAUAAAAUUAUAUUGGUUUCAGGUGUA